AUGUUCUCUCAAUCUCUUCCUGGAAACGGUACUCUCAGUGAUACUGGUCAUGUUCAGGUCUGGGAUUUUAGCUCACAUUUAAAUGCAUUGGCAGAAGCAGAGAGUGAUCGUAGCCAAGGGGCUUCUGCAGUCUCUAAUCACUCACCUUUAUUUAAGUUUGGCGGACACAAAGAUGAAGGCUAUGCUAUAGAUUGGAGUCCUCAUGUACCAGGGAGGCUUGUUUCAGGGGACUGCAAGAAUAGUAUCCAUUUAUGGGAGCCAACUUCUGAUACAACAUGGAAUGUUGAAGAUCCCUUUAUUGGACACAGCGCAAGUGUUGAAGAUCUUCAGUGGAGCCCUGUAGAUCCUUGUGCGUUUGCCUCUUGCUCAGUUGAUGGAAGUAUUAAGAUAUGGGACACCCGAAAGAAAAGAUCUCCUACAGCAACUAUAAAGGCAUAUAAGACAGAUGUUAAUGUUAUAUCAUGGAACAGGGGAGCGAGCUGUAUGCUUGCAUCUGGGAGUGAUGACGGGGCUUUUUCUAUUCAAGAUCUUAGAGUCGUCAAGUGUGGUCUGAAUGAAGGAGGAGAGAGUGUCGUGGCAUACUUUGAAUAUCACAAACAUCCGAUCACUUCUAUUGAAUGGAGUCCUCACCAUGAAGCUGCCUCAACCAUUGCUGUUUCAUCAUCUGACAAUCAACUGACUAUCUGGGACCUUUCUUUGGAGAGAGAUGAGGAAGAGGAGGCUGAGUUCAAAGUCAAAAUGAAAGAGCAAGUCAAUGUCCCAACAGAUUUGCCCCCACAACUUCUCUUUGUCCAUCAGGGUCAGAAAGAUUUGAAAGAACUUCACUGGCAUCCUCAGAUCCCUGGAAUGGUUAUAUCCACAGCAGCAGAUGGAUUUAACAUACUAAUGCCAUCAAACAUUGAAAAUGUGCUUCCUGCUUGAUACUUGGUUGAUAAGAAAGUUAUGCAUGCUUGGUAGCUCAUUAAUUAGCUAUUCUUUCCUAUUUCGCAAGUGAUGAACAUGUCUCUAUUCCUCUACUUUUGUAAUUAUGUUGUGCCUUAGUUUUAUCAACUUUAAUUUGUCCCAGAAAUCUAUUUAUGGACAAUUGCAUGCAUCGCAUGGUUGAGUGAACAUUUCUUUUCUCCCA